AUGGAAGAUGGGAAUCCUGAUUUGUUGCUACAAUCUGAUAACGAGAACGCUAUGGAGAAUUUGAAUAUGGUGGACAAUGAAAAUGUAGGAGAAGAUGUGGCAUUAGUGCCUAAGGUGGGUAUGACGUUUAGUGAUGAGAAGGAAAUUUUUUAUUUCUACAAAAAAUAUGCUUACGCCGUUGGCUUUUCGGUGCGAAAAAGGAAUUCAAAAAAAGGGGGAAGAUGGAGUUAUGAGAUAUAUAGUUUGGGAAUAUGGAGGAUUAACAAAGUGUACCUUGACCACAAUCACAAAACAAGCCCAUCAAAGUCUAGGCUGUACCAAUGCAACAGAAAAUUGAGUGAAAGUGUGAAACGAAAGCUUGAGGUGAAUGAUAUGGCAGGAAUUCCCUUGCAUAAGAGUUAUAAUUCUGCAAUUGUUGAGGCUGGUCGAUAUGAGAACACGACUUUUGUGGAGAAGGAUUGUCGGAAUUACAUUGAACAGAUGAUGACUGCAGACCAAAGAAUGUUUUUUUGGGCAGACAAUAGAUAUAGGCAAUCUUACAGGGAGUUCGGUGAUGCUGUCACUUUUGAUACUACCUACCUCACUAAUAAGUACGACAUGCCAUUUGUCCCUUUCGUUGGCGUAAAUCACCAUGGCCAAUCCACACUGCUUAGCUAUGGAUUGUUGUCGAACGAGGACACAGGGACUUUUGCAUGGUUGUUUAGAACUUCGCUUGAGUGUAUGCAUGGUCAAGCUCCUAAUGCCAUCAUUGCUGAUCAGGACCGGGCAAUGCAAAAUGCCAUUCAAAUUACUCUUCUAAACACGAAGCAUAGAUGGUGCCUGUGGCACAUUAUGAAAAAGUUGCCUGAAAAGUUUGGAUACCACAUUGAAAAGAGCUCGAUAUUUUAUGCUAUACAUGGACUGGUAUAUGAUGCGGAGAAUGUACAAGAAUUCGAAAGAGGUUGGAGGUCGAUGCUCGAUAUGUAUGACUUGCAUGACAAUGCUUGGCUAUCAGGAGUAUAUGAGAACAGAGGUCGGUGGGUGCCUUGUUUUUUAAAAACCACAUUUUGGGCAGACAUGUCCACCACACAACGAAGUGAAAGCAUGAAUGCAUUUUUCGAUGGAUAUGUGCAUUCGAAAACCUCGUUGAAGCAGUUUGUGGAGCAGUACGAAAGAGCAUUAAGAAAUAAGGUGGAGAAAGAGUUCCGGGCAGAUUUUAGGUCCUAUUCCCAGAUGGUUCCGUGUGCGACAACAUACGAAAUGGAAAAGCAAUUUCAAGUGGUUUAUACCAUCGAAAAGUUCAAAGAAAUUCAGCAGGAAUUCACCGAGAAAGUGUAG